AUGCAAUCUGGUACCGCUAACUUCUUCAUUACAGGGUAUAAAUGGUUCAGCAACAACGACGAUCUUGUGGAGAUCAUUGACGAGAUGACAAAAUCAACAUUCAACAUCACAGACGGUAUUGACUACAGACUGGAUAUCGCUGAAGGGGACAACGCGACAGUGAAUAGACCAUACACUACAACGCCGGUUAUAUCCGCAUAUGAUCCAGAUUUCGGCAUUAACGCAACCAUUAAAUACAAACUAAGAACUAUUACCCCAUCUGCUGGUGCGCAUCUUUUUACUAUCGACUCUGACAAAGGGACAGUCAAUGUUGCGGAAGUAUUGGACUAUGAAACGCAAUCGAAUUACCGACUCAUCAUCGAGGCUUAUCAAGUUGACAACCCACAGUCGCGCACCGCUCAAGCAACUAUAAACGUUAACGUCAUAGACAUAGAUGAUCACAAACCAUUUUUCCGACCGGAUGUUGACGAGGUGGUGUUAUUAGAACAUUCAGCCGUUGGUACACACGUGUAUAACGUGAAGGCCUUGGAUACCGAUGCAGGAGAAAACGGAUUCAUUACUUAUAGGAUCAUUGGCAAAACCGAGGCGUUUGAGCUUCUUAGAAUUGACAACAUUUCGGCAGCAUUGAAUGUUAAAGAUCCGGCGAAAAUUGAUAGAGAAAACCAGGAAAACAUUACCGUUAUUAUUGAACCGUUAACACAUCAUGGUGAAGCAGGUCAAAACAACCUAACAGUGAACAUUCGUCUAGAGGAUAUCAACGACAACAAUCCGGUUUUCGGUAUCCCUGAUCUGUCUGAGUUCAGUUUCACGUAUGUGAAUCAGUCUGCUGGAACGUCUAUAGGAAAGGUUGAGGCAACUGAUAAGGAUACUGGCGUUAACGCUCUUCUAUACUAUGAGAUAGUUAACGGGACAAUGAACGCAGGGAAUUGUAAUAACGAAAGUCCAUUUAUUCUCAACAAAACAACCGGGGUUAUUGUUAUGAGCAGAAGUAAUCUCCCAUGUGAUGGAUACCGAUUUGUUGUUCAGGCUUGUGACAAUCCUAAUAAUCCUAUUGCGAGGCGAUGCUCAAUUACUACGGUUGCGGUUGCUAGGAUAGCCAAUGCGACUGUGGAUAACCCUCGUCAGGACAUAAACGUCACGGAAUCCGUAACCAUCAAUACUUACGUCGCUCAACUGAUGUGUGGUGGCACAGGUUUGACGUAUAAAGUAAUACCCAAUAUAGCUGCAGUGCCGUUUGGUGUAUCUCCCAGCGGAAUUUUGAAGACGACUGGAGUUUUAGACAGGGAAAACAUUUCGACGUAUGAAUUUCUGGUGCAAGUCUACCAGUAUGGGCAGGUCAAAUGCAACUUCAACAUAAGUAUAAACAUCCUUGAUGUGAACGACAAUGCUCCUGAAUUUCACCCUGACACGUACAUACUAUACGUUGGAAACCCCACUGAAAAGGGGCUAAUCGUCGGCAGAGUUCGUGCAAAUGAUUCUGAUAUCGGCGACAACGGAUUUGUGAAUUAUUCGUUCAAAACCAAAAGCGGUCAAUCGUACUUAAUCAACGGUUCAUCCGGGGAAAUCAGUCUUGUUAGUCCAGACCAUGUCAGGGAUAUUGAGCAACUUGUGGUCAUUGCGGCAGACCAAGGAACACCAAGAUACGAGGCUUCGGCUGUUGUUUAUGUCCUCAGUGGAGAUGCUGGUACAAGCUCGGUUCCACUAAACACGCCUCUGCAAAAAGGACAGAUAACAAACAAGAAAGAAUCAUUUGAAAGAGGACUUUCAGAGAUAUUAAACCAGAGUGUAGUCAUUUCGCAUGUGGACGCCUACGAAAAGUCUCCGCACAGGUCUAGAAUCUUCAUCAUUGCUACAGAGAAGUCCGUCGAAACCAGCACAUUGGUCAGACUGGUGUAUAAUAACUACGAAGAGAUACGGACAUUAUUCUUUUCUGCACUCGAGACUGCAGACACCAAAUCUUCCCAUUCGGACCUUGGGGCACCAGAGAUAGGUCUUAUCGUAAUGGCGGUUGUGAUUCUCGUGGGAACAAGUAUUGCGAUUGUCUUCAUAAACAGGCAGUUUAACAGCCACAAAAGAUACAAAAAGCUCUAUGAAACGCUAACUAAGGACAGUUCGAUGUACGAGUCUCAAGAAGUCAAUGCAACGAUGGAAAGCGAAUCUGGAUCGGCGAGCACAAACGAACAAGCAGUUAUUAGAGAAAACCUGCUGUUUUCGGGGGACGACAAUAACAUUGCAUCGGAAUCCAGUUACAAUGUGGGAGAAACAAGGGUUGAAGAAAGCACGUCGGUAAAAGAGGCGAUGGACAGUCUUGAUCAGAGUCUGUAUAGCGAGGAAAAUGAGCGGCAAACUGUUGUUAAUUCUGAAGAUUUAACUGAUGAAGCAAUCGAAAGCAAUCAGGAAACACCCGGCAGUAGUGACAAUGUCAUUUACGCAAAUGUAAAAAUGAAUAAAACGGAAAGUGAUGGCAGCAAUAGCCUAGGGAAUACAGACACGCUGUCUAAUUUCAAGGCUCAAGAUGUAAUGAUUGAAGAACCUAACCCUGACUACGAUCGUAAAGAAGUGAGGUUUAGUGCCGAGGUGCUUGAUGCUGAUGAAAACAAGAUGACGCCACUGAAAGUAAAGGAUGAAACGAAUAGCAUCGGAGAGGGUGACGACAAGUCAAAUAUAAAGUCGGUUGAGGAGGGUGAAGAUGUAAAGAACAAACAAACUAUCGAAGGAGAUGAGCGUGAAAGCGAUAAAAUGCAUAAUGAUUACAAUCCGACCAAAGAUGUUAAUGAAGGAGCAAAUGAAAACCUAAUAAUUGGCCAUUUACUUAGUCCUGACACAGACGUUGAAGUAGAUGAAAUUGUGUCACCUUCGCACGACAUUAAUUCUGACAACAACAGUCAGGUUGACUUUUACUUUGCUUCAGAAGUAUCAACACACUUUUAGAUUAAGUCACAGGUGCGCAUAAGUAGAUGCGAUGUUGAUGUAAUUUGUGUACGGAACGGUUUGGUGACAGAAACAUUUUUAGCUGUAUCAUUAUUUCGUGCUAUUGUUCUCAGACCAACAUAAAACAUGUGCUGUUAUUACGUAUCAAGGGUCUAGUUAUCCAAUCAAAGUUGUAUACUUAAUUUUGUAAUUUUUUACUAAUAAUAAAUGUUUCCUUAUUCUAAUUGAUUUACAAAAUUAGUCAAAUAUUAUUAUUUUUGUUUCUACAAAUCGUCAUGAACAUCCAAUAUCUUGCUGUAUUCAUGUUUCAUAUCGAUAGCAUUUCGUGAUAAUAUAUUAGAAUGUUGAAAUUCACAAUAAAACAAUCUUCACGAAGAGUCCUCUACUCCUCAAAAGUAAAUGUGUGUUGUGAUUGAAUUUUAUAAAUAUGUAAAUGAAUAAAGAAAUUCCUGAUAAGUUAUUCUUAAAGGCUCUAUAAAGGUGACAAAUCCAAUUAUUAUGCAUAUCAACUGGUUACCGUAUUUCAGUUACUCUUGCAUAAAAACUGCUAAUAACACAGCUUAGGUACAACGUUGUCAAGAAUUAUGGAAGGUAAACCCGUUUCAUAAUUGGAAAAAAUGUUUACAUUUUUGCAACUUACGUGAUGUGUAGCCUCAGAACGGUGACAAAUGCUAAAAAUAGCCUAAAGAAAAUUCAAGUUUAAUUCUAUUGUAAACAACUUUUUACCAGCAGAAAGUAAAGUAUCAGAUCACUACAAACGUUUUAACCAUUUAGCAGAGAUCUACUUUGUGAGUGAUACCGGAAAACGUUAAAAAUCAUCGUCAUAUUUUUGGUGACCUGAGUCACUUUCACUUUCUCUUUCCCGAGUAAACAGCGAUGUAAAUAAAAUGAUUGUUUGUAAACACAAUUGACUUGGAGGGCACUUUAUUUUUAGCUCAAAACAAGUUGUAUUGCUCAGUUUUUAUGUAUAUGUCUAAUUGCAUAUAUAUAUAUAUAUAUAUAUAUAUAUAUAUAUAUAUAUAUAUAUAUAUAUAUAUAUAUAUAUAUAUAUAUAUAUAUAUAUAUAUAUAUAUAUAUUGUUUUUGAUAACCUUUAUAAAUAAAAUAUGAAAAAAAUAUUUAAAAAUCGGUAAAUAAUAACGGAUCUUCACCUUUAUAGAGCCUUUAAUUUCAACUAGAAAAUCCCUUCAAGAGACAAACUGUAAAGUAUAAGUAUUUUGUAUAUGAUUAAUAAGAUGUAUGCAUCAUUUGAUUAAUAUAAAAUCAUUUUUAUAAUGUCCUCAUUCCUGAUGUGUUAAAUUUUACGCAGAAAUUAUUGUUUUUUCUAUGCAAAUAAGCAUUAUGAAAUGUUUUGUAGUGUAUAUUAUAUCUGUAUCUGUAUUGUUUCGUGUUAUAUAUUUUUUAGAAAUAAUAUUCAGACAAUGCAUUCGAAAUGGGUUUAUAUGUAAACGCUUCAAUGUGGGCUUUCAAUAUUAGUUAUGCUAUUUAUACGUAUAGUAACAUUUAUCACUGCAAUACUACUAGCAAACAUCGUAAAGCACGUACAUGUUAUUACAAUUUGAACGCUUUAAAUGUACUUUCGAGUGAUUACCUACAAAAGUAUGAUGAAAGUUUCCUACCACUGAAACAAUAUUUACAAACUGUUGUUUAUGCAUAUUUUGGCGAAUUUAAGGUGUGCUUAGUUCUUGAUGAAUAUGUGAAUUAUAUUUGUU